AUGAUGAGAGGGAGCUGCUGGGACCACCAGAAAAAGCCACAGGUGACCCAGAGCAUGAGACUUGCAGGACAAGAGACAGCUGGCCAGCUACAGGUGACUCUGCCGUUCACACCCAAUGGCAGUGGGCUGAGCCAGGAGUUUGAAGGCGAUUGGCCGGAGAUCCCAGAGAGGUCCCCAUGUGUGGCCGGGGUCAUCCCUGUCAUCUACUACAGCGUCCUGCUGGGCCUGGGGCUGCCUGUCAACCUCCUGACCACAGUGGCCCUGGCCCGCCUCGCCGCCAGGACCAGGAAGCCCUCUUACUACUACCUUCUGGCGCUCACGGCCUCGGAUAUCAUCACCCAGGUAGUCAUCGUGUUCGUGGGCUUCCUCCUGCAGGGAGCCGUGCUGGCCCGAAAGGUGCCCCAGGCUGUGGUGCGCGCGGCUAACAUCCUGGAGUUUGCUGCCAACCACGCCUCAGUCUGGAUCGCAGUCCUGCUCACGGUCGACCGGUACAGCGCCCUGUGCCACCCCCUGCACCAUCGGGCCACCUCGUCCCCAGGCCGGACCCGACGGGCCAUCGCUGCUGUCCUUGGUGCUGCCCUGCUGACUGGCAUCCCCUUCUACUGGUGGAUGGAUGUGUGGAGGGACGAGGACCCCCCCAGCACACUGGACGAGGUCCUCAAGUGGGCUCACUGCCUCAUCGUCUAUUUCAUCCCUUGUGGCGUUUUCCUGGUCGCCAACUCGGCCAUUGUCUGCCAGCUACAGAGAAGGGGCCAGAGUGGGCCUCGGCCCCGGGUGAGCAAGAGCACCGCCAUCCUCCUGGGUGUCACCACGCUCUUCGCCCUCCUUUGGGCACCCCGGAUCUUUGUCAUGCUCUACCACCUGUACGUGGCCCCCGUCUACAGAGACUGGAGGGUCCACCUGGCCUUGGAUGUGGCCAACAUGGCGGCCAUGCUCAACACAGCAGUCAACUUUGGGCUCUACUCCUUUGUGAGCAAGACUUUCCGGGGCACUGUCCAAGAGGUCAUCCAUGACGCUCACCUACCCUGCACCCUGGGGUCACAGCCAGUGGGCAUGGUGGCGGAACCUGUGCUGAAGCCUGCAGGACUCCCCAGAGGGGCAGAACUGUAG